AUGUCCGCUUUGUACGAGUCAAAUAGUUUGAUGGAGUCGCGGACGUUGCAGACCCUGCAACAAAGCCGAUGGUUUCCAUUGGAUGGAUUGACAUUAGAGGCAUUUGCUCAGCCAGGAACGAGUAGUGAUGACAUUGACCCUUUGACCCCAAUUGUGUUCUAUCCUCCUGUUGAUUUGCUAGUUGGUUUAAAUGGUCUACACUACGGUUUACCGGAUAAUGCGUCAUCGGCGGUCUAA